UCGGUUCACCCAGAGUUCUGUGUUGGGUCUUUAGUGGGGUCGCCUCCAACCGACCCGACAAUGCCGCCCAUGGCCCGACGGUCGCGGGUUGCAACGGAUGCGGCCGACGGUCGCUGCUUUAUGGGCCGCGACACUGGCCCACUUGAUUUCUGCGCUGCAAGAUAUCCAUGCAGAGUUGCUUGCGCUUGAAGCAAAUGCCGAGCUGCCAGUCUUCGUGUCCUUUACAACAGGUUCAAAUCCAGCAUAUGGCAUCCCUUCUAAUGAUGGCUCGAUCAGGAUGCGGCUGUCGUUGGGUUUCAGCGUCUUUUGCCAGCCCACGCAAGAAAUCUGUGAAUAUCUUGAGCUUGGUGAGGACUUGAAUUGCCGGAAGGUCUUGGAAGCACCAGGAUUGCCCUCUUUGGAAGCCUGUCGCAGCACUGGAAGCGGCGUCCUGACCUUGGAGUUCUCCGGAUCGUUGGACAGCAACACCCGCUAUGACCUGCUGGUCUUGGGUACCUUACCUUCUGCUUCCAAGCGAAUCCAGAGUUUCCAGCUGCAGAUUCUGCCACCAGAUACUGGGGGAAUACAGACACCACUCGAGGAGGACACCAUGCAGAUAGUGCCCGAGCAGUUGGUUCAAGUGCCUGGAGCAUUGGCAUCCUUCGGGCUCAUGGCCAUGGCUGCGAUUUCGGAUGAACGCGUUCAGUAUACCUUCUUCAUCUCUGGGGCACUCGCAGCAGGUUCGGAGAUUCGAAUCUUUUCAUCUCCCUUCAUUUUCUCUGAUGAGGGCCUUUCCUUUGGUGGUCCUUGUCCUGGAUUUGAUUCCUCCGGGUUGGUGAAUCCCGUUUAUGGCAGCUGCAUGGUGGAGAUGAUGCCGCAGGAUGGUCGGGCUGGGCACAACGUGCUGCGCUUGCAGUUGGACCAAGCACUAUCAGCCAGCACGGUCUACUAUCUGCGCAUGACCGUGGCCAAGCCCAAAGGCCAGGGCUCACUUGGCCUGUGGUAUGCCGCUUCAAAGGGCCAAUUCUACGAUAAGAUCAUUGCGGCUGGCCCAUUCUUCUUGCCACCACCGCUCUUUCAGCUGUUCACGACACUUCAAGAGGCCGACAGUUCCUAUGGGGCAAGGCAGUCCUUGCAAAUGACCAUCUUCCCAAGGGUGAAUAUCUUGGGCUCCACAGCUGCUCCAGAUACCUUGUCCGUGCUCUCACCUUUGUUCCUUCGUAUCGGAAGCUGCGAGCUGGCGACCACAAAGCCGGAUGCACAGCUGGUCGGAACCUCAUAUGAGGCUUAUUGCAGGUUGACCUUCCAGGAUAACCAGAACCUCUACGCUCACCAGUCAGUGACCGUGACGAUGCAAGUCACAAAUCCAGACGCCACAUUGCCAGCUGAAGAAUGGAGGGUCGUCUUCGAGUCCGCGGCCGCCUUUUCGAUGGCAGCGACGUGGCAGGGAUGGCCGGUGAUCACCUCCUUACACCAGGCAUUUCUCAUGCCCAUGAGGAUGGACUAUGCCCAAUGGAACGAGAUCCAGAUUUUCUUCAAGCCACGCUCUGAAGCCUCCGCUCGUGCACUGGUCGUGGCGCCCGACAGCUUUCGCUUCGAGCUGCCUUGCGGAUUUCAAGUGCUUUCAGGCUUCCCUGAUCCUGGCAUGACUUGUUCCAACCCACUUGGCACCGUCGGCCACAACUUGUUUGCCAUGCAAAUGCCCAUGGCUGCAGCCUUUCAGUCGGAGACCUUCUACGCGGCCAAGCUCUUCCCUUUGCGCAACCCCUUCCCCGGAAGCCACACCGGGUCAUUGGACCAUUUGCCCUGGAGGAUUGACUUGCUAUCGCUGCAAGGAACCGUGUUGGAAACUUCAAGGAAUAUUCCCUUGGGCCCGUUCCUGCAAGGCUUCAGGCUAUAUCCUACUGCUAUCAUGGACUUCUUGGUGGAAGCAGCGGUUCUGAAGCCCCUGGCACAAAGCGCAGUGACGCUGCGCUUCCGCCCCGCGGUGAGCAUCACCUCGCACGGAACAAGGCUGCGCAUUACGGCUCCCUUCGGCUAUGAGUGGGUCAUUGGAGGACAGCCCACUUUGUCUGCAGAGUCGCCGGUCACCUUGGCCACCGUGGUGUAUGACCCGAUCAAUGCACCAGCUGCAGACCCGAAGAAUCAGUUGGAGUUGACCUUGGUGAAUCCGCAAAUUGCUGCGGGCGUGGACUUGACACUGCGCGGGGAGCUGUUCAACGCAGCAAUUGAUCCCGAGCUUCACCCGGAUUGGCGCAGCGCCAACUCCUGGAUUCUGGAGAUCUAUGAAGCGGGUGCCGGAUACCUGGAAUACCAGUAUCGCUUUCAGGCUGCUGUGGUUCCAGGAUACACACUUCAAGCGAUCAUUGCGAGCAUUUCGCCCUGGUUGCCGUUCCCUUCCUCAGAGCCGCAACCCAUCAUGGUGACCUUCCGACUGGGCAGCACGCUGGCGGUGCCGCAGGGCGUUUUCGCCGCCGUGCAACUGACGGCUCCGUGGGGCUUCGUCUUCCCCGAGGAGUGCACUGUGGAUCGAAUUUCACCGCUCCAUCUGGAGGUUGAUGGUUUUUCGCCACUACCAGUCGGCUCCAUCGCUGCAUGUCGUGGUUUGAAUCAGAGCCUGGACGAGAACAACACAGAGUUUCAGCGGCUGGUGGCAUCUGUGAGCCUCACGCCAGGAAGCAUUCUGGAGAAGGAACGAGUCUAUGCCUACUACCUGGAGGUGAUGAUUCCUGAUCCAUUUCCCCUGGAGAACCUUUGGUCUCUUCGAACCUUUCGCAACGAUUCAGCGGUCACGGAGGCCUCUGAAGCCAUCCAAGGCUUCCGCCCCGUGGGACGCUUCUUGUCGGCCAAGUACCACGCGGGGACGGCGGACAGUGGGGAAGAUCUCAGGCCUGGUGCCUCUGAAAACAAAGUGAUGUUCUCCGUGCAAGCCUCCCUCACUGUUCCAGUGGGAGGAGAACUACGCAUCACUGCACCCUAUCGCUUCACCUUCGCCCAGAAUUGUCUUUUCUCUGUUCAUCCAGCGGCCACCUUCCUGGCGGAGCUUGAAGGGGUCGACCGACAUCAGGAUCUGCCAAGACUUCAUUCCUGCCUUGGAGUGCAAAAUGCCGUCAGGCUGACGCUCUCCGAGCCCCUGGACGCCGCCCUCCGCUACAGCUUCCGCCUGGCGGUGGCCAACCCGGCUCUGCCCCAUCCAGGUGACUGGCCAUUUGCACAGAACCUUUGGCGUUUUGAGAGCCUGCUGGAUGGAAUCGUUUUGGAUGCCGCAGAGGUCAAGGCCUUCUUUCUUUGGUCCUUCACCAGAUCACUGAUUGAGCCCUUCGUCAUGGGUGCAGGUGAGCAAGGUGUUGUGAGCAUCGAGUUGACGCCCUCCUUGACCUUGCCACCCAAUGGAUCCUUGAUCAUCAACGCCCCACCGGGCUUUCUCCUUCCCGCAGAGCCCUGUGAAGGCUUUGAGCCUGAUACUGGUCUUGCAGCCUUGCCUGCCACCAGCUGUGAACGAGGGUCUGGUGGCGGCAUUCAGCUGCAGCUGGAUGACUCCUCCUUCAUUGCAGCUGGUUCCCUCGUUCGCUUCAAACUGGGAGUCAUCAAUCCCGCCGUGGCCUCCGCCGCCGAAGACUGGUCCGUGGCGUCCGUGGAGCAGACGGAGCUAGGCGAAGCGUUUUUGGAGCAAAAUCCUGCUGUGACAGGUUAUCCCGUGCACUUGCAGAUUGCCUCAUUUUCAUUGCAGCCGAGCAGCCAACAUGCGGGUGCAGAGUCUACGAUCAGAUUCGAGUUCUCACUUCCCGAAGAGCUGGGUGUGUUUCAAGUUGUAUCGUCCACACAGGAAAGCUUCAUUGUCCUGGACAUGCCACCCUUCUUUACUGUGCCCACCACGUCUGGACAAAAAAGCCCUUCGCCCUUUGCCGCACACUUUCAGGCAGUGAACAUACUUCUCAUGGAACGCUGUGCCCACUUUGAGCGCAUCUCCCCAGACGUGCAGUUCUUUCCGGUCGAGGCCAAUGCUUGCCUUGCACAGCCUGGCGCCAACAGCUUCCGCUUACGGCUCAGCGGGAAGUUGGAUGUAGGACCAAGCUACGUCUUCGACGUGAUGGUCUCCAACCCAGCCUUGACGGCCUUGAGACAGAAAGAGAUCAUACAGGCGAACUACUGGCAGCUUCGAUUGGUUCGUCAUCGUGACAACGUGGACUAUCCAGCUGUUGCUGGACGCAGCACAAGAGGCUUUCAGCUGCUGCCCUUGCUGCAGGACACAACGAUCACGGCCCUGGUGGCGCCGUUGCCUGUGCAGCUCUUGAGCCUCGUCCGCGUGGCCUUCCGCCCGGUCACCGCCUUGCGCGCGGGCGACGCGCUGCGCUUGUCGCCGCCGGCAUCCAUCCUGCCCCUCUCAGAGCAAUGCAGUGUCUCUGAUACUGGGUUGCCAGUGGAUUCUGUUUGUGGCGUGGACGAAUCAGGCAUUUUCAUCAGAUUGCAAGGAAACGCUUUGGUGCUGGGAGAUAGCCACGUCCUUGCAGAAGUGCAAAUCAACUCCGGGCCACUUCCGCUAAGCAUUGAAGAGAACCGUUGGGAUAUAACAACGCUGAAUGCGCUCAACAUCACCUUGGAUGAAGCGCCAAACAUCCAAGGCUUCAUGAUCUUUCCAAGGCUUGAGGCCACGGUAAUUCCCAAGGAUUUGACAUCGUUGUCUUUCGCCAACCACGCGGAUUUCAUCUUCAGUUCACCGAUCCCGCUGCCACUAGGGUCGUCUCUCCAUAUCGAGGCGCCUAGCGGCUUCCGCCUCUACGCACGGACCUUCGCGCCCCAAGCGCCGUUGCCCGCCGUGGAGGCGCAGCAGCUGAACGAGGCUGAGGUGUUGGUGGUGUUGCUGGCCGCUGUUCCCCGCUCGCAGCAACAAGUCUUCAGAUUGACCAUUGGGAAUCCAGCAGUGAGUCCGCCUGUGAACCUGUGGAAGUUAGAAGUGAGGAAUCAAAACAACACCUUGGCGUUGGAUCGCGCCAUCGCUGGCUUUCUGGUGCGCUCCAGCUUCAAUAUCUCCUACUUGGAAGCAGACGUGGACGAGCCAUUAGCGGAGAACUAUAUUCACGUGGCCGUGGCAGUGUCUCAGAACCUCUAUGCAGAUGCUUCUGGUAGGAGCCACCAAUGCACUUCGCAAGACAAGCUAUGUGUUUUCGCGACGUGGUUAGAGGUGGUGGCUCCCGAAGGCUUCACCUUCCAAAAGACCUGUGGCUACUGGGUGCUGAGUCGAGCAGGUUCUCCUCAUCGUGCUUUGCCUCCAGGAAGCCUUUGCUUGGCCGACAGCGAGCAAGCCAACAUCGCGAGGGUUCAUCUAUCACUGAGCUUGACUGCCUUCACAAUCUAUGAAUUCACUUUGCAGGUGCGCAAUGCUCUCAGCGUGCCCUUGGAGAAUUCGUGGGAAAUCAGAGCAGUGCAGGAGGGUGUUGCUCGAGAGCGCGAUUUGGUCGACGGCUUCCCUCUACGACAGAUGCGUUCCGUGCGCGUCACACCGGUCACCACCUUGGCAGGUGCGGUGGACAACACGGUCACAGCCUUGCUACGUUCUACCCGGCCGGUGACCCCGGGCUCUUCUGUGACCGUGGCAGCGCCCGAAGGUUUUGUCUUCGAUACAUCAGAGGUCGCCAGUUCAUUCAAGCAAGAUCGAGCUCCUUUGAUUCUGCAAGACCUCAUUGAUCAAGCGACACCUUCUGGAGCCGCCAUCCGCUUCUACGUGAGUCAUCAGGAUUACGUAGCACCCAACACCUUCUUCUAUGUGAGCUCACGGGUGCGGAACCCUCCAGCUACACCCGCCUCGAACUAUUGGUAUUUCUAUGUACAGAGUCAAUUCCAGGAGCACAUCGACUUGCGGAAGUUCUUCCCUGGAUUUCUGAUCUCCUACAGGAUGCCCUUUUUUCAGGUCUAUCCCAACAACGUGCCCUGGGAACUCGGAACGGCGAAUGACCUCUCGUUCCUGUUUGUCACCAACUCAGCGAUUUUCAACGGGAAGAGAGGCAUCUCUUCAAGCGGACCAACGUCUCAAUGGCAGCUGCUGCUUGUGGCACCAUCUGGUUUCACUUUUCCCACGAAAGGACCCUUCUCUGAAGUGUGCUCAGAUUUCCAGCGUUGGGGAGGAAAGGACUCGUAUGACCAGCUGCCAGAUGAUGAGAGCCUAAAUUGCCAAAUUGGAAAUGCAAAUGCGGCUGUGAUCAAUGUGCCUACAACCUUUGUCAACGAGACGAGAUACUCCUUCCGCUUAAAUGUCACAGUGGCUGCCUUGCAGGAAGAUGUGGCGUUGCAGCAGCCGUGGACCCUUACCGUUUUGGAGAAUGGAGAGAUUCUGCACAUUGGCGAGAGCCCCAGCCCCUUGUUGGGGACCUACUACGAAGCCAGAUGGUUUUAUGUGCCAGGACAAAGUGGGACUUGAAACAUGAGACGAAGGGCAAACCUACAGGCAGCCUACAGCGAAGCAUCUCCAUGGAACCAAUGAAACCAAUUCCUCUCAGACUUCUCAAAAGGCAUUGGCUUCGGCAUCUGCGGCAUCGUCCCCUUACACCAGAAGAAACAGUCGGUGGCGGGCAACAAGUCACUACGUGGAUUCGAUUCGUUCCAGCUGGACGAACGGACGUGGUCUUUGAGCUCCAAGCCGCAGGCCUUCGGAGGUGAAGAGAUGUGAAGAGCGCUUUGAUGACAAGCUUUCGAUCCUGAUCUCUUGCGCAGCGUGUCUGUGUGAUGAUGCACUUGCUUGAGCACUCACUGGUUCUCAGCAUUUUUCGGCUAAGAAAAGCAAAAGGUGGCGAUACACUGACUUGUUGAUACACUUGACCAUAAUACUUGACCACAGAUAUUAUUUUCGGGUCCGCUUGGACGGAGAGUACUUAUUGCAGCAAGCGGAGCACUCUGUCAGCCUGUGAGCCUUUGGCUCGAGAAUAAGGAAUAGAAAAGCA